AUGGCAUUGAGAGCUUCGAGAUCAAAACAGGGAUACAUUGCCAUGGUCUCUGAGAACGGAAACUUCGGCGCCUUCUUUUGGGACCUGAAAACUAGAGAACAGGAUGUACAUGCCCGGGAGACUUGGUCUAUGCAUAACAAUCCUGGGAGUGACCUCGAAUCUCGAGACACUGAGGAGCGCAAGGAGAAGAGCACUCCCACAAAGAAGAACACAUAG